AUGUCGAUCUGCGCGAGGAUGGACGCGCCACGCGGCGGCGCGCUCGGGAAGCGGAAGGACCGGGACUACUUCUCGCCGCCGCCGUCGUCUUCGUCGGAGCAGCAGAAGGCGCCGCUCCCGCCGCUGCCUAGGAAGCCCGAGCAGCGCAACAAGCCGCUUCAGCUCUCGCGGUUCGCCAACAAGCCCACCACCAUGCCGCCACCGCCGCCGCCGCCUCCCCAGGGCGCUACCAGCAAGCUCCUCGCCGGGUACCUGGCGCACGAGUUCCUCAGGUUCGGCACGCUCCUCGGGGAGCGCCCGCCCGCGCCGGCCCGGAAGGGGUACUCCGCCGCGGCGCGCCCCGCGCCCGCGCUAGACCCCGCGAGGAGGUACGCCGAGGCGUCCACGCUGCUGAUGGUGGCGGGCGGGCCCCACAUCCCCGGCGUCGUCAACCCGACGCAGCUCGGCCGCUGGCUCCGGAUUAAGGAGUGA